UUAAUAUUAGUCAUUCGAAGCGUUGCCCACGGAAAAGCCAACCACGCAAAACAUAUGAAAAUCGCAUCUAAAAAGUCUCAUCUCUUGAAAGGACCUCUAAAAGAAAGAAUAGAAAGUCUAGGGACUACAACAGCAGGAGAAAUUAUUCUUCAUCUUUACAAAUAAAACAUUAUCGUCAGGCUAGGCUGACUAUUAAAUACCCUACACCACAUUGUCUAACACAAGCUUAUAUUUGCCAUAGAACAGGAUAAUUACACCCUGUUUUUAUAUGAACUUACUGUAUAUUAAAAACUACAAUCCUUGAAAAUAAAGACUUACUUUUCGUAAGAAUGGAUGUGUCCACGAGCUUCAAAAAUUGAGAUUCGUGUUCAACAUAGUUAAUUUUUUAUCACGGAUCAAUUUUCAUCAUAAUAUAAGACUUUUCUGUCCUAAAAAACCAAAAAUUUUAAUGAAAAUAUAUAGGAUAGAAUUAAAAAAAUUGGCCGAUAUGGUCCAAGUUUGUUGCAGUUCACUUUUUCUAUCGCAAAUUGCUUUUAUGACAUGAUUUACAUCAUAAAGCAAUGAAACUCAUACUUUCUUGUCAUAUGAACUUCAGUUUUCGUUAUAAGAGGGGCGGUUUAAAAAAUUGCCCGAGCCGGUCCAAUAUUUUUACGCCAAUUUAGAUUGCCGUAAUGUUAUUCCGUAACCACUUUUGUCAAGAAAUAUUGAAAAUUGCAAUUUUUUCCGCAUAAAGACUUCCCAGAAUAGAACGUUUUAUGGGAAGUGGUCGAAGAAGCGAACCAAUCCGAACAGCGUUCGCCCUUUGGUCAAAACGCGUCACUGUACCAAAUUUUCUAGCUUGAACACAAACUUAAAUGAACGUACGGACAGACAAGCUUAGAUUAAGUCAGAUUAUGUUUCUGAAACGAUCGGUCAAACAAAAGGUGGCUCUAUCUUAAGCCCUCAUACAUCCGCACUAACUUUAAAAAUUUAAAUUAAAUUUAGUUUGUAAUAUAAAUUUAAUUUGCGAUGAUUUUACUUAUAGACACCAAUAUUUCACGUAAAGGCGAAAUCAGCUGUCGUGGCAACAUUAGUAGGCAAUGAUAAGGUAUUCAGUGUAGUUUAUGUCAAAUCUUUUACUUUCUUUUUUUAUACAAGUGUUAAGAAUUUGGAAAAUUUUUACGAAAAGAUUAAAAAAUUUUAAAUGCCGGGUAAUUCUCCAGGAGCUCGUAAGAAUGAAAACGUGACAGCACAUGUUUGGUGGCGUUCAAUAUUGCGUCGUUGUCAACGAUCAGAAACAGCAACAACAACAGAAACAAAAACUUGAAAAGCCUCUACCGAAAAUCGCAAAUCUCGAGUGUCUGCUAGUAUCGGACACGACAAGUGAAUGUGCUCCGCUACAUUUGCAAUAUGUACUCAGGUCUACCGAUUGCCAUCAGUUGUCGGCGGAUCUUUUUUUCUUGCUCGUCUAUACGGUGGCCUUAGAAUCGGGGUACAUGUGCGAAGCUGAUUACGAUCUUUGUAAAGGUUCCACCUUGCCUUCAUCUGCCAUCUCUUCGCUUUAUUUGAAGAAUGUGUUGCGCUUGAGCCGCUUAAAAUGUACAUUUACGGGUUCGAUGUGUCGUAUGCGUUAUGUCAUGAAACUACGCUUCAUCUUUGAUAGCCAGCAGGUAGUCACUAAGGAAACAUGCGCUUGA